ACUCGAACUACUGUAUCGUAACUGUCAUUUGCUAAUUUAAGAUGAUAAAAUAGUGAUUUUGAUAUAAAUUGUUCGGUUAAUAUUAGUUUGUGAAGAAAAAUUUUAAUGAGUGAUAGCGACACUGAUUUGGAUUUUUCAUCUGAAAACACUAGACUAAUGGACGGGCACGUUGCAACAGGAAGUACUGGUGAAAUAAGGGACAACGUUCGUGAUAUUGCUUCUAAGAAAAGAUCACGGAAUGCUUGCCCUUCUGGUGCUGAUAAAAACGAAGGAGCAGGUGUCAGUAAUGCUAAUAUGCAAGGUGAAGAUGGAAGUAACAAUCAGGAAUGGAGGGACGAUGAGGAAGAAUUGAAAUAUGGGGCAAAGCAUGUUAUUAAGUUAUUUGUUCCUGUUUCAUUAUGUAUGUUGGUGGUUGUAGCUACAAUUAGUUCAGUUAGUUUUUACUCCACCAAGGACGUCUAUUUAGUAUACACUCCAUUCCAUGAAGAGAGUCAGUAUGCAAGUACCAAAUUUUGGAAUGCUCUAGCUAAUUCAUUGAUAUUAAUGGCUGUGAUCAUCGUAAUGACAAUUCUUUUGAUUGUCCUGUAUAAGCAUAGAUGCUACAAGACUAUACAUGGUUGGUUGAUUGUGUCUUCCCUUAUGCUUCUUUCAAUUUUUUCAUAUUUGUAUCUAGAAGAAGUUCUGCGUGCUUACAACGUUGCUAUGGACUAUCCAACAUUACUUCUGCUGAUGUGGAACUUUGGUGCUGUUGGUAUGGUGUGUAUUCACUGGAAAGGUCCUCUUAUUUUACAACAAGCAUACCUUAUAUUCGUCGCCGCUCUUAUGGCACUUGUAUUUAUUAAAUAUAUGCCUGAAUGGACAACAUGGGCUGUAUUGGCUGUUAUAUCCGUUUGGGAUCUUAUUGCUGUACUUAUGCCUCGAGGACCUCUUCGAAUUCUGGUGGAAACUGCCCAAGAAAGGAAUGAGCAAAUUUUUCCUGCCCUCAUUUAUUCAUCCACAUACAUGUACAUGGCAGUGAGAGACGAAGACGAUGAACAGGGUCAUAGCAGACCAAUUAGUGGGAGUGAAGAACAUGGUUUUACCAAUGAAUGGGUGCGCACCCACGAACAGCGUGUAGCCCAAAGACAGUUGGAAGUGAGAGAAGUUGCCCAUGGACCACCACGUACUACCUUACGAUCACAGGAGGAAGAAGAAGAGCGAGGCGUCAAGCUUGGUUUGGGGGACUUCAUAUUUUAUAGCGUUCUGGUUGGAAAGGCAUCUUCAUAUGGAGAUUGGAACACAACACUUGCAUGCUUUGUGGCAAUUCUUAUAGUAAGUAUUUUUUUAUAUUUUGUAUGUUUUUUUGGGAGAUUAAAACGGNAGGCACUACCUGCAUUGCCCAUCUCAAUAACGUUUGGAUUAAUCUUUUACUUUGCUACCAAGGAAAUUGUUAGUCCAUUUAUUGACCGUUUAGCUAGUGAACAGGUUUUUAUUUAGCACAGGUUUGGGUUUAAUAUAAU